ACUAACAUAUUAUAUUAUUAUUUUUUUAUAAAUUAAUAUUAUAAUUUCGAAAUUUAAUCUAUAAUUAAUAUUUUAAAUAUUUAAUAUAGUCCUUUUUAUCAAAAAAUAUAUUAAAAUGUCGAGAGAGUCCGGUAAAAGGUCCGUGGAUAUGGGCGUUGUGAAUCGAAGUUUGAGGAAAGGCAAAGCUAAAGUCACCUCUGACGGUUCGACCUCACACGGUUCUCGAGAAAGACACUCAGUCUCUUCCUUUCCUACUAUCCCCGAUCAACUCAUCGGGGACGGUAUGACGGAUGAAGAUUUCAACCAGUACAUUUCUGGUAGAGGGGACGCGAAUCUCCCCACUCUUGAUAGUUUAUUCGAGGAUGUUGAUGAAGCAGGAUUGGACAAUCUGGACGAGAACGAGGAGCCUACACCGCACAACAACGACGUCGACGUGGAGGCAGAAGAAACUGCACCUCCUCUGCCCCCCAAAUCAAAAAAAGGUUUUAAAGAAAUAGUCGGUGAGCUUCUUGCAAAGAAAGGGAAGCGUGUUCAGCCUUCGACGAGUUCAAGUGGUACAACAGUAAGUUCGCACAACGAACUUGCUAUGUACCAAGGGGUGCCAUGUGAUUACGACGACGACGACGUUGAGUUUGACGUCCUCGGAUGGUGGAAGCGGAACGAACACAUGUUCUCAUGUCUCAGAAUGCUAGCAAGACAAGUGUUGUCCGCCCUGGUAUCAACCGUAGUAGUUGAACGAGAAUUCAGUGCUGGAGGCAACAUUCUAAACACUUUUUUGCAACCAAGAUUGGCUCUUGGCAAGACGUCGGGCUCAAGAGUCAGGAUAUGAAUUCAAUUCGGAGAAUUACAUGAAUGCAACCACAGAUGGAAGUCCGAGUUAUGAGAAAUAAGUUAUAAACUUUUUUUUAUGUUAAUGUAAAUAUGUAAUUAGUUUUUUAGAGUAAAAUUAUUUAAAAUAGUACGGAAGCGGUUUGCAAAUUACAACAGUAUGGUCACCACGCAUCACCUCCAUCUCAGUAAUCUCCAGAAUAGGCUCCACAUUUAUUCUCUCUCAUACCUACGUGUAAAAAGAUGAAAAAGUCUACACGCUCAGCAAUGAAGCUGAGUGGUACCAUGGCACAACAAAAGAAUUCAAAGAAUAAUUUUCUUAAACAAUACCAAUCAUAUAUACCUGGAAAUCGACGAGAUGAAGCUCAACGAACGAACGGGAGCGAAAACAACGUUGGAAAUCUUAAAACUCGUCACUUUCCGUCACCACUGUACCAGCCAUGGUUUUCGGGCCAUAUCUCCUUCGUUACUCAAUGAAAUCUCGAACCGUUUGAAGCUACGGAUUCGUAAGACAUAAGGCUACAACUUUUGUUUAGAAACCAGAUUAAAAUAACGACGUUUAGAGGGUGUAAAAAUGCUCACAAGUGGGCUGAUUUGCACAGGGAAUGUUUUAUUCAUUCAACUUUACGGGGCAACUUCCGGCAAGAACCGUGGCUACCUCCGGUGACUUUCACGGCGGCGACCACUUGCGGAUUGUUCUCCAUAUAACAAGGAGUAAAAUAGAAAAAGAAUGAAAAAUUUUGGUGUAG